AUGGAGGAAUUAUUAGCAGGAAAGUUACAAAUAGCUUCAUUAAAUAUAAAUGGACUAAAUAAUAAAUUGGCGGUUCUUUUAAGAUUGUUGGAAGCAGAAGAAGUAGAUUUAAUAGGCAUCCAGGAAACUCAUUGCCCAGGUAACAGUACGGCAAAUUUUAGUGUAUAUAAGAUGUUUUGUUCGGGAACCACUUCAAAUAGUUGGGCCGGAAUCGCCUUUUUGACUAAGAAACGUUUACAUAAAUACAUUAUAAAAUUUGUACCCGUGUCGGAGAGGUGUGGACUUCUAUAUCUGAAUACCAAGUUUAGACCCACUAUUGUUGUGAAUUUUUAUGCCCCACCUAAUAGGAACAUGAGGAAAUUUUUUUUGGACGAAAUGAUAAAUAUAUUAAACUCUCUCUCAAAUAGAUAUAACGUAAUAAUCCUGGGUGAUUUCAAAAUAGGUAAAGACAGUGAAUAUAUAAGUAGAGGAGUUAUUGGGCAAGCUGCCAUUCAACAAUCUAAUGAUGUAGACAGCAUAAAAUUCCUAGAUUACUACAGUAACAAAAACUUUAAGGUAGAAAAUGCUUUUUUCUGCCAUCGUGAUAUCAACAAAUAUAACUUUAUGAGGGGCAGGCAGAUAUCUCAAAUUGACUUUUUUAUUUCUAAUAUUCAUAGUUGGUUUGUGGAUGUUAAAGCAUCUACCAGGGUCAACAUAUCUGAUCAUAAGAUGGUUAUUGCAGUUAUAAAAAUAAAAAACAUCUGGGGAUAUCAUAAUAAUAGUAUUCCUAACUUAAUGGCCAUCAAUGUUACCUCGUCCAAUAUAAUUUUUCCACGUAAAUCAAAUAAGUUUCUAUUGCAAGGAAACAAAACUCUCUUUGAACAAUCCCUUAUUUCGAAAAAAGGAACCUUUAUUAAUGUUACCAGAAAUGGAAACGUUGAAAAUUGUUGGGAUCUUUUUAAGAAAGAACUAGCGGAAUCUUAUGAGAGACUGCCAAACGUAAAUCUUGUAUCUAGGAAAGAAUGGAUGUCUGAUGAAACUCUUGAGAAGAUAUAUCAACUAAGAAUGACGAACAGCUCUAACAUUGAUUUAUGGAAAGACAUUAAAAGAUUACUACGGAAAGAUAGGAGAAUUUUUUAG